UAUAUAUAUUGUAUUGUUAUCUAAAAAAGUAUUUUAGUAAAAAUUUAAAACAUAAAUUAUAUAAUUAAAUACUAAUCAAAUAAUAUUUUUUAAUUAUAUAAUUUAAAAUAUAAUAUUAAGUUAUUUUAAGAUUUAAUUUAGUAUAAUAAAUAUAGUGUACAAAAAACUUUUUCAAAAAAUUAUAAAAAUGUUUAAGCCCGCAUCAAGGGCAAAAUACCUAAUUCUAUUAAAUUAGAAACAUAACCAUCGGUUUAUAGAUGUUUAGUAGUCCAACUAAUUAUUUUCAACAAUUUACAUCUAUAAAAAAUACUAACUGCAUCUAAUUAUAUAUUGUGGAUGUAACCACCACUUGAGCAUAAUAAUCGGGAUCCACUUUUUCUAUUCACAUUUAAAUAUCUUAUUUAGGUCGCAACUGGAUGUGUGUUUUUUGGAAUAGGAAUCUUUGGAAUGGUUAAUUCCUAAAGAUUCCAAAUUUUUUUUUACCAUUUACAUUGAAUAGAAAAUAGAUCACAUUCCAUUGAUUCCUGUGGAAUAAGUGGAAAAAGAAGGAAUGCAGUGAUAAAACAUUCAGAAGAAAAAAAGAACGUGAAUGAGAUGGAAUGGAAGAAAAUUAAGUUAAAAAAUAUUUUUAAUUAUGUUUAGAUAUUAUCCAACGUAAUUAUUGCAUUUAAAUAGUAGAUUUAUUAAUACUAGAGGCUUAUUUUGAACUUGAAAUUUCUGGUAGAAUCUUACGAUCUGUUAGAGCACCCGCAACGCGGGAUGAUAACGAAUCCUUAGCGCUAAUUCUAAGGUAAGUUAUGUUAUAAUACUAUUAAUUAUCGUAAUAACUCUAAGGAUUGGUCCGUCGCGAAGGAUUUUAAGGACUUGAUCCUUGUGUACGUGGCAGUGUGUGAGUGGGUCGUGCUCGGUUUGUGUUUGUGUUGGGUCAAAAAAAAAUAUUCAUUCUCGACCGAAGCCGAAAAAAAAAGAUCUCGAGGGAAAGGCGACAUCUCGGCUAUCUCUCUCCAUAGGCUUUAGCAAGGUGAAUCGAAGCCCUAACUUGUAGAUUUCUCGAUUUAGAUCAGUUUUCAUCUUGUUUCCUCUCAAUAAAUGGGUGGGUUAUGGUGUUUCAAUCGAUUUGGGUUGACUGAUGAAAUUAGGGUUUCCAAAAGAUUUGGGUAUAAUUCGAUUUGGGGAUUCUUUGCGUUUGUAGAUAGGGUUUCGAAACUAUUUUGGUUUCCAUCGGAAGCGGAUCUUAUCUAUUUUUGUUAUACGGAUUAAAAACCCAUUGAUUUGUCAUUUUUGUUCAAUCGAUCUGUUCUUUGCGUUUGUAGUGUUCUUUGCGUUUGUAGAUAGGAUUGCGAAACUAUUUUGGUUUUGAUCGGAAGCAGAUCUUAUAUGUUUUUGUUAUACGGUUUCAAAACCCAUUGAUUUGUCAUUUUUGUUCAAUCGAUCUGUUCUUUCCGUUUGUAGUGUUCUUUGCGUUUGUAGUGGUCAAUCGAUUUGUUCUUUGCUUCCUUGCUCGAUGAUUUCGUUGCUCUAAGAUGUACUCUUCUCUUUACGUUUUCUAAAUCGUUGCUUUCAUUGGUUUGAUGAUGAUUAUUGUUGUUUAACAAUGUUCUUACAUCAUAUCUUUCAGGUUAACGAUAAUGGGACAAGAUUACAGCUACAGCCAGCCAUCUUCAUCAUCAGACUCCCUAGACAUAACCUCUCUUCUUCAAGCAGAAGCUCAGAUGUACGCCGAUGAAGCUGACAGUAGCGACUGCAAUGACGAGCCGGUUCACUACCAACCUCAACCAGAGUGUGAUGAAGGAAUCCCGACGACGUGCUACUGUGGUGCCACACCUGUUAUCGGAUGCUCUUACACUCCUAAAGAUCCAUACAGAAGGUACUUUACGUGCCACAAUGUUGACGAUGGAGACUGCCACGUUUGGAAAUGAUGGGACGUGGCGAUCAUGAAGGAGAUGAGGGAGUUUCAGACACAACUUAGGCGGCUCAAGGAGCAAGGUGAUGAGAGUGACCAGAAGCUGCUUAACCUUGAGAAGACAGUAUAUGAGCUAUCAAAGAAGAAAUCACCAGCUAAGCUAAUGGUGUGUCUAUUAGUUUUAAUAGGUUUGGUCCUAUUGAUUCUGCGUGGUUAGUAUCUGUCCUUAUGCUUUUUCAUUGUCGUUUAUGGAAAUUGGACAAAACAUUUGACUGUUUUAUCUAUUGUUUUUCCGGAGUAGUUGCAAAGGGUUCAAAGGACUGUGGCGUACAUCGCGAGUUUCUGUAAUAAGGUACCUCUCUGUUCUUUGAAAUUUUAAAAAACAAAUAGUAAUCUACGUUUGCUUUCUACCUUCCUAUCUGAAAUAAAACCUAAAACUCAUUGAAUGAAUUGGUGUGAACUGUUAAUUUUUUACAUGUCGAAUUAGAUGGGUGUUAAAUGAAAGCUAUUUACUUUCUACCUCCCUAUCUGCUCUGAUUUGAUUGGCUUUAAUGGCUUCUUAGUUAGUACUAGACCGGAUUGAUAGUACUUAGCGUAGCUAGUAUAGUACUUAGUCGAAUUACAUUGGUGUUAAAUGAAACUUAUUUACUUUCUAUCAUCCCAACUGCUCUGAUUUGAUUGGCUUUAAUUGGUUCUUAGUUAUAGAAGUCUUACUUAAUGCUCUGUGUCGCUAGUAGAAUGGCACAAAGCAUCCUCUAAACAUGGCUCACACGUCUGGCUAUGUAGACCUACUACAUAGUCAAAUUCCAGUUGAGCUUGAGUCACCCGAACCUGUUAGGUUCGGUAGCCAAGUUCCUGAUGACUCUGGUGUGAAGGAGAGGAGGAAAUGGUCUCCAAAAGAAGAUAAAAUCCUUAUUGGUGCUUGGCUUAACACCAGUAAGGACCCUGUCGUCAGCAACGAGCAGAAAGCUGGUGCUUUCUGGAAGCGGAUUGUCCACUACUACAACGCAAGCCCGCAACUGGUUGGUACAAUACCGAGAGAGCUUGGUCCUUGCAAGCAGAGGUGGGCUAGGAUUAACGAGCAAGUAUCCAAGUUUUCUGGAUGCUAUGAUGCGGCUCUGAGGGAGCAGAGAAGUGGUCAAAAUGAUGAUGAUGUGAUGAAAGCUGCGUUAGAUAUAUUCUUCAAUAAUAACGAGUACAAGUUCGCACUGGAUCACUGCUGGAGGGAGCUGAGGCAUGACCAGAAAUGGUGCUCUACCAAUCUGGCUAAGGACGGAGGAAAGGAAAAGCGCAAACAAGUGUUUGAGGGUGAUUGAGAAGAAGACGAAGUGGGAGAAGCAGAUGGUAGAACUCUCGGGGUUAAGGCUGCGAAAGCUGGUAAUAAGAAGAAGAAGAGUGGUAGAGAAGAGGAGUUGUCAAAGCUACAUGGUGUUUUAGAAAUGAAAGAAAAACUCUCUAGGCAUAAACUCCUAGAGCGUUUACUCGCGAAGAAGGAGCCACUCUCUGAAAUGGAAACAAGUCUUAAACUCAAACUAAUGUCUGAAAUGUUAUGAUGUAUUAACCUUGUUUUUAGGUAUUAAUCUUGUUUAGAGUACUUGCGACUUUAAAACUAUACUAACUGUUGUCUUAUUUGUUUUGUCAGGUUCAGCUCAUGUUAAGCAAGUCACGGGUUCUUCUUGGUUGUGGGAACUAAAGUCACGGGUGCAUUUGGAGGUGUGAAAGUCUUUUGGUCUUUAGUUCAUGUCACGGAUUCUUCUUAUCACGGGUUCAUCUUUUUCACAUUAUGUAUUAUAAGUAGUAGUCAUGGCUCUAGUUGUAUUCUCAAGUUGUAUUCUCUUCUUCAUCAAAACUAGUAUCCUCUACAUUCCUCAAGUUCUUGUGUUGCUCGGAGACUUUGUAAUAUUUUGGUACUUUUGUACUCGUAAGAACAAGAAGUUGCUUCUUUUGUGUCUCUUUCUUCUGCUGGUUCACCUGCUCUUCUGUUUAGGUAACACAAACACCUGCUCAUCUAUUUAAUUGCGAUUUUAACUUGAGAAAUGCCUUUAAAUUGAGAUAUAAACGAUUUAAUGAGAUAUAAACUAUUUUAACACAAACACCUGCUCAGUUAUAUAACUUCUGUAGUUAAUAUAUUUUAGACAAUAAUGUCUUCAAUGUUUAAAUUAAUAUAACAAUAAGAGUUUAAAUUUAUAUGAUUAUAAAUUUGAAAGUAUAAGUUGUAAAAUAUAUAAUUGAAAAUUUUUAUAUGGAUAUUUUUAAAAGGACGAAUACCUAAAAUGUCAUCAUCUUCAUCCGAUGGUGUCGAAGAAAGAUUGAACGAAAUUUUCGACGAAAUCUUCGAAGAUACAUACGACGACAUAGUGGAGGCCCAAACCAGUAAGGACAAGAAACGGGCUUAUAUAGAACGAAACCGUGAAGCAGGACACGACCGUUUAUGGAAUGACUACUUUAGCGAAGAUCCCACAUUCUCGGCACAUUUAUUCAGGCGCCGUUUCCGCAUGAAUAAGGAAUUAUUCUUGCGUAUUGUCCAUGGCCUCUCGGAGAACAUUCCAUUCUUUCGAAAAAAAAGAGAUGCAACCGGGAGGUCUGGUCUUUCUCCAUUACAAAAAUGUACGGCAGCUAUUCGUCUCCUUGCUUAUGGUUGUGCGGCUGACACGGUAGACAAAUAUCUCCGACUUGGUGAAACCACGGCACUGUCGUGUUUACACCAUUUCACUGACGGAAUAAUAGGAUUAUUUGGAGAAGAGUAUCUACGAAGACCCACACCGGAGGAUCUUCAACGACUCCUCGAUAUUGGAGAGAAACGCGGGUUUCCUGGCAUGGUCGGAAGCAUUGACUGUAUGCAUUGGGAGUGGAAGAAUUGCCCAACCGCUUGGAAAGGACAGUACGCACGUGGAUCAGGAAAACCGACUAUUGUCUUAGAGGCUGUGACUUCACACGAUCUUUGGAUUUGGCACGCUUUUGUUGGUCCUCCGGGUACCUUAAACGAUAUCAAUGUCCUCGAUCGGUCUCCUGUUUUUGAUGACAUUUUAGAAGGUCGGGCCCCGAGGGUAAAGUACGUCGUCAACGAACACACGUAUAAGUUGGUGUACUAUCUCACAGACGGUAUAUAUCCAAAAUGGUCAACAUUUAUCCAAUCUAUCACACUCCCUCAAAGUCCUAAACAAGAGUUAUUUGCUAAAGUUCAAGAAGCAACCCGAAAAGAUGUGGAGCGGGCGUUUGGAGUACUACAAUCCCGGUUUGCAAUUGUGAGAAACCCGGCUCUUACCAUGAACAAAGCAAAGAUAGGGAAGAUUAUGAGAGCAUGUAUCAUACUACACAAUAUGGUAGUCGAAAAUGAACGAGAUGGAUACAUUCAUUACGAUAUAUCUGAAUUUGAAGAAGGAGACGCCACGAGAAGUUCAGAGGUCAAAACCGAGAGGCCUACAAAUCUGAAUAAUAUGUUUCCCAGUCGGAAUGAUCUUCGUGAUAGGCGUAUGCAUGAACGAUUGAAGAAUGAUUUAAUCGAAAAUAUUUGGAACAAGUUUGGUGAUGAAGAUUAAUAAUUAGUGUUUCUUGAUUUCUUUAUAUUUAUCAUUGUAUCUUUUUUUUCAUGCAAUUAAUAAAAUUAAAAUUUCAAUUAAAUUGUUUUGUGGGAAAUUGUUUUUUAUAUUUCAGGACGAACCGGGGCAAUGUCUUCUUUCUCAUUUGACUACUGUUUUUUGGCUGAAGUCACUGCUUCUAAUCUAAAAGAAGACAAACUUGUGAGUCAAUUUAGUUAGUAAAAUAAAUAGUUUAAUCUAUUAUGUGUCUUUACAUUAUUUGUUUGCAGUAUCUUCCUAUGGGAGCUACGAGUUCUACUGCUUUGCACAAACAAUGCAAAGAGACAAUACUGGUGAGCAAAGAGGGAAAUUCAUGGAAUGUGAGUUUGCGAUUUAGCGAAUCAGGCGGCAAGUAUUACAUCACAAGAGGCUGGAGAAAGUUCUGUCUCGAUAACAGAUGCGAGAUAGGAGACUUAUUUGCGUUCAAUGUGGUUGGAGAUGGGAAAACUACUCCAUUGAUGUGUGUAUGUCCGGAAAGAAAAGAGUGCUCUGAAAUACUGAGCAAAUACUUGAGCAGAACGAGUGGUGAGUCUUCAUUAGGUGGUCAUUCAUGAUCAUGUUGUAUUUUAAUAUUCAAUCAUCUUAUAAACUCUUAUGUGUAAUCUUUAUAUUUAAUCAUGUUUUUAUUUAGGAAUUUUUCUGUUUUUAUGUUUAAUUAUUGUUUUUAUUUUUAAUUGUUAUAUUUUUAUGUUUAAUUAUUGUUUUUUUAAGUUUAUUUCUAGUAUUUUAUGUUAAGUUAUUCUAUUUAAUCAUUCAAUAUAUAAAAAUUAUAUUUUACUAAACAAAAAGUAUAUUUUUUUAUUCCUAAGGAUUUCAACUUCGGGAUCACCAUUGUACACACAUUUUUCACAAGAGUCCUUAACUAUUCAAAAAAAAAAAAAAAAAAUAAUAAUAAUCUAUUCCUAAGGACUCCACAAUGGGUAUCACCAUUGUGGAUGCUCUUACAACCUUGAACUAGAUAAUAACAACUUCUUAUUCUUUAUUUAAACAAUCUUACGUACAUUACCAAACCAACAAAUCAAGUUUGCUUUCUCUUCUACAAGGUACUAUCAUCUCCUUUCAUCACUGGUAUAAUUUUUUUUUGAGUUAAAUAUCGGUGUUUACUAUUGAUAAGAGUAAAAUAUUAUUUUGGCUACAUAUGAAAGUUGAGCAGAAUCUAUUCGUUGGUCAAUAUUUCUCUUUACGCAGAAACAAGGAUGACAUUUUAAUAUAUAGAUGGUUGACUCAUUGUUAUAUGUUUACUGCAAAUCUUUAGUUACUUACGGGAAGAACACUUCAAGUUUCUAUUUUUCUUUAGCUAUAAUGAUUUUUACAACGUAUAAAACAACAUGUUUUUCUUUUUCUUUUUAAUAAUGACUAUUUUUCAGCAGAAAUAUGAUAAAUAGAAGCAGCAAAUCUGGCAACAAAAGUCGGCUAAAUCGCAAAGAUAAGUCAAGUGGUGAAACAUCAACAACUCGUGAAGGAAAUGGAGGUCGACUUAAUCGCAAAGACAAAUCCAUUGAUGAAACACCAGCAAAUCGUGCAGGAAA